AUGGGACCUUACAUGAGUAAGAAGCGAUUAUUUAAAAUUUGUCAAAAUAUUGUCCAUCACAAGCAUCACAUUGAUCUAGUUGUAAUUACUGGAGAUAUGGAAACAAUGGACACACAUCAUGAUGAGGACUCAUUAAGAGAGGCACUUUCUCCUCUUAAAGAAAUUUCUCACAAAGUUGUAGCUUGUUUAGGAAACCAUGAUUAUGAAGUAUUGGAAAAAAUUAGAAGAGCUUAUCAAGAAAAUUCAAUUACCUUACUCGAAGAUGAUCAAACAAUCAUUGAAAUUGAACGAUGGUCCAAAUUGAGUGGAGAAAAAUCUCAAAUUCAAAUUGUUGGUUCAAGUUUUUCAUUUGCAGGAAUGGAGCCAUCCACACGACACAUUCAAGAAUUGUGUAAAAAGUUUCCACGAAUCGAUGCAAAUACGCCACGAGUGUUACUAAUUCAUAAUCCUUCCAUUCUCUCUUCUUUGGAUACUAUGGAUUCGUGUGAUAUUGUAUUUAGUGGACAUUUACGUCUCUAUCACACACUGAAACUAUUAGGAAAGGAAAAGACCCUUUUCAAAGCUUAUCCACCAGAUCAAGGUUUAUAUGGAAGAAGAAAUUUGAGAUUAUAUUCCCACAGAGGAACAGGUCACUAUGGUUUUCCACUUCGACUUGGUAUUUCCUCUGAACAAUCUCUUAUUCAUUUAUACUUUUAA